CCAAUCGCCGGUCAUAGCAAAUACCGAUAACGGUUGAAGCAAAAAUUGUCAUUGCCAGUCCGUGACGGUGUCUGUGCCGCUUCUGGCGAGUUCGUGGCCUUUCCACCGUGCUCCUGUCCGGCAAGCCUCGCCGCUCAAAUCUAAGCCCAAAAUCCACAAAACCCACAUUCUUGCUCCCGUUUUUUCUGCGAUCUAAUCGCUGUUCUGCAUAAUCCACCAAUUCUCUCAUCAAUCUCAACCACUCUAGAGCCGUGAGGGAGAUCUUACGUGCUGAAUCUGAGGCGAGAGAGCUUGAGGCGACAGAGUUUCAAGGGAAGGAUUUGUGUCCCCAAAAUCCAAAAGAGCUCUCUGUCAUCAGCUUCGAAUCAGCAAUCCGCCGGAGGUGAGGAGCGAUUCAAGCUCUUCCGGCACCAGCAGGAGUUUGUCGACCGACGCGCCCAGCAUCGCCCUACUUCCGCGCGGCCCGAGUCCGUCGCGUCCACUCCGGGCUUGGGCUAGCGCUCCGUCUGCCGUAGCGUCAGCUCCAGCGACAGCAGAAGCGGCUGCGUCAGCCGUAGCCACUCGUCCAGGAGCGCCUCCUCUGACCACGGCGCCACGCCGCCGCGGAGGUCCUGGUCAAGCAGCUUGCUCUACUCGCACCCGAGGCCGUUGCCGCAGUUGCGCUCGCGACCGAGCUCUGUCGUCAGUUCGUCGAGCUGUCAAACCAAUUGGAGAGAAGUGUGGUGGCGAAAGACAGAGUAGGUGGUGUGACGUCCAGCCAGAGGUUGCUGCUAUCCGAGGCUACAAUGGGAGGUGAGAUGAUACCAUCUUUGGCUAGAGUGGAAGGAAAAUUAAAGGGUCUGCAGCUCUCGGAGGCGGAGAGGAAAGUGGUAAAAAUCGGGAAAAAUGCAAACUUCAUGACAGUGGGCAAGCUCCAGGCAGUGGGGAAACUGUUGUCGGAUAGACCGGCGAAAGCCGAACAUCUAGGGAAGACUCUGGCUGGAGUCUGGUGCCCCUUCUCUGGUUUGGAGUGUAAAGAUCUUGGUAAGAACCGGUUCUUGUUUUCUUUCCGUGAAGAAAAGGGGAAAAAGAAGGCAGUAGAUAAUGGACCGUGGUUUUUCAAUAAAAGCUUGCUAGUGGUGGAAGAUUUUGCACCAAAUAAAACUAUAGAUGAUUACCAAUUUAAGAUGAUACCAAUAUGGGUUAGGCUAUAUGGUAUUCCAAUGGGGAUGAUGGAUAGAGAAACAGGGGCUCUGAUUGGGGAACAAAUCGGAGAAGUAUUAGAUAUGGAUCUGGAUGACAAUGGCUUUGCAUUUGGGCAAUUUAUGAGGAUCAAAGUACGAAUGGACAUCACUGUACCACUGAUGAGAGGAAUUACCUUCGAUGAUGAUGAGGAUGAGCAGAACCAAAAAGAUGAAAAAAUGGUAAGAGGAGAAAAUGGAAAAAUGGAGGAGCAGAAGAAGAUGGUUUCAUUUGAAUAUGAACAUUUACCGGACUUCUGCUACAAUUGUGGGAUCAUUGGUCACGGCGAAAAAGCUUGCAUAACGAGAGCCAGACGAGAAGGAGAGAGGCAAUAUGGUCCAUGGUUGCGUGCAACAAUCUACAAAGGGAGCUCCAGUGAAGAGAAAAGCAGGGGAUCAAGUGAUAAAGGCAGUUUUUGGAGAAGUAACAGUGCAGGAAGUAGCGGUAGUGGGCAGGGAAGUGAUGGCCCAUCAUGGAGGAAAACUAUAUCAACUGGGGGAGAUGAUGACAGGGAAAAAAGAGAUGUGAAGGAAGUCACAAGCCCUCAAAAAUUUAUACAAGAGGAGCAAACAGCGACAACAGGGAGUAAAAAGUUGAUAUUCGCUGUAGACGAACAUAAAACACAAGCGAAGGCAGAGCAAAAUAUGACAGAGAAGCGCGCAGAGGAAAAGGAGGAGAACUUGGAGAAAACAGCAAAAGAGCCAAUGAGAGUAGGGUCAUCCUCAAGUGACAUAGAACCUGAUUACACACACCUAAAGCCAGAUGUCAAAAAGAUGAGAGGCACUUUCAAACGCAGAGAGAGGCAAGCAGAGGCAAAAACUCAAGAAAUGUUGAAGUCACCACUAAAGAAAAGAGGGGCGGACCUCAUGGAGAUUGACGGGGAACAUGAUCUGGCGAAAAAAGUAAGGAUGGAGGUUGAGAAAACAGAUGGAGUGGUAGGGAAAGAAGCUCCAAACAAAGAUAACUUAGACAAGGAAGCUGGGCUGCCAGGACAGCCCGGCAGGGAAAAAUGAAACUCAUUGCUUGGAACUGCCGGGGAUUGGGUAACGGCCCGGCAGUCCGAGGGCUUCUGGAGAUCCAGAAGCGGGAGGACCCAGAUAUUCUUUUCUUGUCCGAAACCAAACUGGAUGAGAGGAGAAUAAAGCAUUUUAAAUGGGUGUUGGGUAUGAAGGAAAUGGUAAUAAAAGACUGUAAAGGAAAAAGUGGAGGGCUAGCAAUGUUUUGGAAGGAUACAGUGAAGGCUGAGCUUCACAAUUUCUCCAAGUACCACAUAGACAUUGAGAUAAUUGAAUACGAUAAUUUUAGAUGGAGGUUUACAGGUAUAUAUGGCGAACCAGCAAGUGACAAAAAGGAAAGGACCUUCAAUUUGCUUCGGGAUCUGAGUGCCCAGCUUGAAAGACCUUGGAUUUGUGUUGGAGAUUUUAAUGAAAUAUUGUAUGGCCAUGAGAAAGAAGGUGGCCCCCCAAGAAUUCAAGCCCACAUGGACAAAUUCAAAGAAACUCUUGAAGAAUGUGGUUUGCAGGACCUGGGCUAUGAGGGGGAUAUAUUCACAUGGAGAAAUCAUAGCCAUUCGGCAGAAAAAUACAUUAAGGAGAGGCUGGAUAGAGCUGUGGCAAAUAUGGAGUGGUGUGACCGUUUUCCUGGUUUCAAGGUAAUAAAUGGGGAUCCCCGACAUUCCGACCAUCGACCAAUCAUAGUGGAAACUGAAGGAAGGUAUUUUAAAAGCAGAAGAGGCACUCCACAUUUCAGAUUUGAAGCAAAUUGGGUGGAAGAAGAGAACUGUGAAACCAUCAUAGAGAAUGCCUGGAAGUUGACAAUGGCACAAGGAACUAAUAACAUUAUUCAAGGCCUUCAAAAGGUGGCUAGUGAGCUUCAAAACUGGAGUACAAAUAUCUUGGGCGAUCUUGAAAAGAGGUUGAAGAUUUUAAAGAGGGAGUUGGAGGAAGUCAGAAGAAGUGCAAUAUCCCCUCUACAAGUCUCUCGUGAAUUGUUCCUACGUGAGAAGCUCGAGCGCCUGGAACAUCAACGAGACCUUUAUUGGAAGCAACGCUCACAUGUCAAUUGGCUUAAAUCAGCCCAGGCAGAAGGAAGUAGCCAAGAAGCUUUAAGUUGCAUAGGAAGAAGAGUGGACCAAAGCAUGAACAAUAUUCUGUGCACUGAAUUUUCUGAAGAUGAGGUGAGAGCAGCCCUUGACGCAAUAGGGGACUUGAAAGCACCAGGCCCUGAUGGUAUGCCGGCCCUAUUUUACAAGCGCUACUGGCACAUAGUAGGGGAGAAGAUCACUCAAGAAGCUUUGCGGAUACUGAGGGGAGGAGAGAUGCCGAUGGGGUGGAAUGACACAAUGGUGGUGCUUAUUCCAAAAGUAAGCAGACCUGAGAGUUUGAAGGACCUCCGACCCAUAAGCCUCUGCAACGUAGUCUAUAAGAUAGUUUCUAAAGUGCCGACCAAUAGACUAAAGAAUAAAAGAAGAGGGAAAGCCAGCUUUGCAGCACUCAAACUCGACAUGAGCAAGGCGUACGAUCGAAUUGAAUGGACUUUCUUGAGGGACAUGAUGAUAAAGAUGGGGUUUAACUCUUCCUGGGUCAAGCUCAUUAUGAACUGCGUCACCACGGUUCGUUAUCAAAUAAAGAAAGGAGGAACGUGGAAAAAUAAUAGGCAUCAAAGUAUGCAAAAGAGCUCCAAGCAUUAAUCAUCUCCUCUUUGCAGAUGAUUCUUUACUGCUCUUCAAAGCUGAAAAUAGGACUGCAAUAGAGAUAAAUCAUAUCCUGGAGACAUAUGCUGGUUGCUCAGGUCAAGUAAUCAAUAAGGAGAAAUCUGCCAUAAUGUUUAGCAAGAAUACCCAGCAUCAGCAGAAGAAUAUGAUCAUGUCAGCAUUGCAUAUUACAAGGGAGGCAAGAACAGAGAAGUAUUUAGGGCUGCCAGCGUACAUAGGAAGAUCAAAAGAAAAGGCAUUUGCCUACCUCAAAGACAAAAUUUGGAGGAAAGUUCAAGGAUGGAAAGAAAAAAUGCUCUCAACGGCGGGUAAAGAGAUUCUAAUAAAGGCCGUAGCCCAAGCAGUCCCGGUCUUUGCAAUGGCAUGUUUUGAUCUGACCAAGACUUUAUGUAACCAGAUUAGUGAGAUGAUCUGCAGAUACUGGUGGAGUAAUAUGGACAAAGAACAUAAAAUCCAUUGGGUUAGUCGGGAACAUAUGAUGCUGCCAAAGAAGGAUGGAGGGCUAGGUUUCAGGGAUCUCCAUGUGUUUAACAGAGCCAUGUUAGCGAGGCAAGCAUGGAGGUUAGCAAAUGCGCCCAACUCUCUUUGCGCUAGAGUUCUAUCUGCGAAAUACUACCCAUCAGGUCAGAUUAUUAGAGCAGUGCCAAAGGAUGGCAUGUCUUAUUCGUGGAGAAGCAUCCUUAAAGGAGUUCAACUGCUAAGAGAAGGUGUAAUCUGGAGAAUAGGCAAUGGUGAGAAGGUGAACAUAUGGAAUGACCCAUGGAUCCCACGAGGUAAGAGUAGAAAACCUGCCACUCCCCAAAGAAGGAAUGUCAUCCUCCACAAAGUCUCAGAACUAAUUAACCCAGUAGAUGGUGAUUGGGAUGAAGACCUAAUAAAACAAACGUUUAAUGAGAAAGAUGCAGAGGAAAUUCUGCAAA